GGAAACAGAGAGAGAGGGAGGGAGAGGGAGGGAGAGGCCCGUGCUUGUAUGUGCUUUCUUACACAAUUCAGUCUUCUUCAUGUGUCAAAGAUGCAGGUUGUUUGUGGCGGACAAUCCCUCUGGAUAUAUCUGUUAUUCACUUCUCUACAACUCUGGGGAAGGCUUUCUGUUUCUACCUCCUCUCCUCUGCCACCGCCGACACUUCACAUCGAUUCAAGGUCAACGUGCUUCACGGUUCUGGCUUGCCGGACACCAAUGGGCCACCGGGGGGAUAAGUUCAUGUUGUACCGGGACAAAAAGGAGGUGGACUCUCAAGAGCUGUCGUCCAGCGCUGAGGAGUUUCGGUUCACCGUGAGAAUAAAUGAGGGCAACCAACUGUUCUGCUGUCUCUACAUGGAACAGGGUCGUACUUUCAGUCCUUUCAGUCCCUAUCUGCAUUUGGAAACCCCACAAGAUGCUGCCCGCACUUGCUCGUUACCUCCUCCGGUGUUGUCCGUGCAUCCCUCCACCGGUACAGCGGUAAAGCGUGGGGACACGCUGUCCUUCACAUGCUCGGCCCCCGUCCCGUCCGGGUCUCACUCCCAGCCAAGCUACGACAAAAUAACGCUGACCUUCUUCUUGCUGGGGGGCCCUGAGCGAACGGGGGCAACGUCUGUCGUCCUCAAGCCUCGAUCCAGUCGGGGAUCGAACCCUGAACCCCGGCCGGGGGUCUUCAGCGUGGGGCCGGUGAGCGGAGGAGAGCAGGGAGAGUAUUCGUGCAUUUACCAGAUCACCAAAAGAGGAUCGGUGGUUAAUUCAACCGCCAGUAACGUGGUGCAAAUCACUAUUACAGACGCGUUGCCGGUCCCCAUCCUCGUCCUUCAGCAGCAGACGGACGUGUGGCAUCUGCUCUGCACAGGCUCGCCCUCCUAUCCCGGCGCUGUGUUCUCCCUCUACCUGGCCGACUCUGAACUUCCCGUUGCAGCUCAACACGCCGCCUUGAUCAACUAUCAGGUCACCUUCCCAGUGCCUGUCCAGGACACCCCAGUGGCUUUUUACCAGUGCCAGUACGACGUCCGACUGGGAAGCCAAUGGAAUAAGUCAGGGCGCAGCCCCCCAUUGGCUGUAACCAGAGGGUUUCCCGCUCCAUCACCAACAGAUUCGUCUCGUGUGGACUGGCCUCUCGUGCUGGGCUCCUUCUCCGCUGGGGUGUUGUUUCUCGGCGUAGUGGCUCUCGUGGUCGUGGUUGCACACAGGAAAGUCAAAGCAGCAGCCGAGGAAAAGAAGAGGAGGCAGGAAGCCCAGUUCUGGACUAAAGUUCAUGCCAAGGACCAUGUUGUUGACCUCACACUCAGGCGAACAAGCUUUCCCACCCAGGAAUGGGACAGUUUGGACUCGACUACUGAGACAGCCUCCAGAUCUCCGCUGUGGAACUCACACUCCACAUUCUCAGCCCCGGUGCAUUAGAGAUGUUUCUGUUCUUUAACUUCCUCUGGGUGUGUUUGUACCUUAUUUACGUUUAUUAAUGUAGCAUCGGCCCGGGGUACACCGCAGGACAGGAAGGUCUAUUUCCUCAGGUCCUAUUUCACGUAUAGCAGUAGUGUUGUACAAUUUGACAGGAUGUGAUGUUUCAUGCUGCUGAGCCAGUGAAUAUACAGUCAGGCCCAUGAAUAUUUGGACAUUGACACAAUUUUUGGCUCUGUACACCACCACAAUGGAUUCAAAAUGAAACAAGAUGUGCUUUACGUGCCGACUUUCAGCUUUAAUUUGAGGGUAUUUACAUUCAAAUCAAGUGAAGGGUGCAGGAAUCACAACAACGUGUAUAUGCGCCCCGUUUUUUAAGUGACAGAUUUUGCUAAUUGCAGAUAAUGUAACAUGUAUUGUGUGUAGUGAGGAAAAGCCUCCUCCUGACACUGCUGUAGUUCUGCUAAAUAAUCCCCAGAGGGCGCCGCUUGGACGCAAAUUGAAUUUCACGCACAGCACACAGUAAUUUAAAUAGUGCCGUUUAUCUAGUUGAUCUCCAGUGCCGUUUAUCUAGUUGAUCUCCUGCCGCAAUGCAACAGUCGCUCAAAUGUGCAGCAGCUUACUUCUUACCUCUUAGUGUAUCAGGUCGUUCUCUCUGCACAUUGUGGGAGAAUGUGCUGAGUCUUCAGUACUGUGUGAAAGUAAGACGGUAAAAGGACUCAGGAGAGAGAGAGAGACGCCUCUCACCUGUUUAUGUGGGUUUAAUGGAGGACAUGCAGUAGAUAAGAAAGAACUGUCUCUUUAUGAGGACUGCUUUACAUUUUACCGGCCUUUAAAAUGACAAAGGGCUUUAUAUCAGUGGCAGAAAUGGAUUCAGGGGAAGGUUUGUCUUGAUUUCUCUUUCAUAAAUGCAGCACGUUUAUUUUUGGAUUGCACAGUCUGCUUGAUUCUUAAUGCUUGAGUCAGUUGUGCUCUUUUCUCUGCCACACAGCAAAGAUAUACAGCUUCAGAUUGUGUCCUUUUCGGCUGAUUUCUUUAAAUUCAGCCGAGGCUCCGGCGACGUGAUGACUUUAAGAGGCCUCCCCACAGCAGACUGGCUACUGCGUGUGUGACACACGGAACCACGAGCCGGGUCGAUGUUAAUUUAAAUGGGCCAUCUCAAAACUCAUAAUUGCCCUUUUAACGCCACCCCAUGCUGUGCCUGUAGGAGCGUGUGCAGACUGAACACGAAGGUGUGCGCUUUCAUCUGAAGACUGGGGGGGGUUUUGGCAGAUGCUUGUGGUUUAUGAUUUCAACCAGUUUAUGAAGUUAUGACCAGAGCAAACAUUUAGCUUUGAUACCAUGUCUCACAUGAUUAUCUCAAAUGCAAACCCUGCGACCAGUUUUAUUCUCACCACUUCAGCUCCAAUUGUAUUCUCUCUGACAGUGUUAUUUUGUGAAUAGUUCAUUUUUCAAGGACAUUUUUAAAAAUAAAAGCAUGUCAAUCAAACACAACCUUAUUGGACCCUCAAUGUGCUUAAAUCAUGGACUGUAUAUGAGCAGAGUGGUCAUUGGGACUGCAAAUUUGAUUCCUUGAGUUUGGUGUUUUAGCCAUGUCUGCUUUUUGAAACCAGUGAACAGAGGUGACCAUUGGGCAGAAGGAGUGGAGGAGAGACGGCGUACAUAGCCCGUCAGCAACCUGUCAAUCACAAGGUAGCCCCGCCCCCCAAAGGAUACCCUGCUUCAUGGCCCAUUUUACUCUUAAUGGAAACAUAAUUUAAAUAAACCUCAUGGUGAAUUGAAAACGACCUUAAACUAGCGAUCGAGACCGUUAACUAAUGUUUACAAUGUUUUGUAAGUAAUAAAUCAAGUGAGAAGUAGUUUUCAUACAAUCUGACUUCCUUUUGUAACCAGAGGAAAACAUCACAGAAAAUGGAGGUUUUAGGACACUGCCGCACUUUUCAGAAUUGGAUGGUGGCGCCUGGCUGAAAUGUAGCUAAAAACAUCAGAUCCCAGCACGUUAAAGGAUUGUUUCAGCACCGUGUCUACCAAUGGGGCAGUUGACGACUGAACUGUGAGCGCUUAGGUUAGCUGUCAGCAAGCUAAUGUUAGCUUUGCAUUAACUAGUUUCUGUACUUAACUUUGGGAUUUCCACAUUCCACUAACUGUAACACAAGUUCUAUACUGUCAACAAGUUGAAUGCUUGCUGCUCACCUCAUGUUAAACAUACGGAGUGCCAAAUCAAUAAAGAAUGAUGAAUUUC